CAGACACGGACGCCAGCAGCCCAGCAGUCCGUUGCCCUGGUGUCUUCCUUGGCCCCUGAGCCCCUGGGGAUCCAGGCAUCUGGAUUCCAGUGUGCUCGGGCGCUAGGACAGGCAUUUCAUUUGCGUCUCAGCGCGGAGCCCCUAUGCUCACCCCGACCUGACCUUGCCACCGGGCCCCCCAUUCAGCAAGCGGGUGUCCUCCUCUCCUGAACCGGUUUACCCACCACCCACCCCCAUGAACUCCCUACGUGAGGGUCUUGGUGCGGGAAUCUGGACGCGUUGGCCGGUUAGGUGGACGGGAGACGCAACAGCCUUGGGGUAGGUCCCUACGUCACGUGGGGCCCAUCUAGUCGGCCUCCCGCGGUCCCCUCCUGACGCAUGCGCCCCACUCACUGUCCCGGUCCAGAACCGAGCUCUAAGCCCCGCCCUGCCCUUCUGGCUCCACCCCCGGCUCAGGAGUCCCGCUUCCCCACCCGCGAUCCGGGGACAGGGAUGACCGCCAGGAUAGACAGGUAGCUGACACUUGCAGAGAUAGGACGGAUAACCCGCACGGUGACCAGCGCGCUGCAGGGCGGGGGCCCAAACCCAGGGCCGCCUCCUGGCUCCAGGCUGAACGCCUCGACCCGCUGCGCGCAGCCCGCGGAGUCACGCCCCCGGGAGCCGCUGGCCCAGAGCCCGCCAGCUCUCCCCACCUAGGUCGCCCCGCCGGGGGAGAGGGGCCUCGCGCAGCCUCCCUGCCUCCCAGCCUCCCGGCCUCGUCGGUGCCUUCCUCUGCUGCAGCAGCCUGCCCUCCGCCGCGCGGCGGGGCGGCUCGGUGGGCAGAGGGGGAGGGUGCCGCGCCCCGCUCCCGCCCGGGCCGCACGGAGUGGCGGCAGCCCUGCUCCCUAGCCCAUGGCGCACAGGGCCGAGCCCCCCGACGGGGGCUGGGGGUGGAUGGUGGUGCUGUCCGCGUUCUUCCAGUCGGCGCUGGUGUUCGGGGUGCUCCGCUCUUUCGGCGUCUUCUUCGUGGAGUUGGUGGCGGCGUUUGAAGAGCGGGCGGCGCGUGUCUCCUGGAUCGCCUCCAUAGGGAUCGCCGUGCAGCAGUUUGGGAGUCCCGUGGGCAGUGCCCUGAGCACGAAGUACGGACCCAGGCCCGUGGUGAUGGCCGGGGGCAUCUUGGCUGCGUCGGGGAUGCUGCUCGCCUCUCUGGCUACUUCCUUGACUCACCUGUACCUCAGUAUUGGGCUGCUCUCAGGCUCUGGCUGGGCCUUGACCUUCACUCCGACCCUGGCUUGCCUGUCCCGUUACUUCUCUCGACGGCGAUCCCUGGCCACAGGGCUGGCACUGACUGGCGUGGGCCUCUCUUCCUUUGCCUUCGCCCCACUUUUCCAAUGGCUGGUCAGCCACUAUGCCUGGCGGGGGGCCCUACUGCUGGUGUCUGCCCUCUCCCUCCACCUGGUGGCCUGUGGUGCUCUCCUCCGCCCACUCUCCCUGAGGGAGGACCCUGGCACGGGCGGCCCUGGGGCCCAGCUUGCGUCCCUCCUGCAGCACGGCCCCUUCCUCCGUUACGCUGCCGCCCUUACGCUGAUCAACACUGGCUACUUCAUUCCCUACGUGCACCUGAUGGCCCACCUCCAGGACCUGGAUUGGGACCCGCUGUCUGCUGCCUUCCUACUCUCGGUCGUGGCUAUUUCUGACCUCGUGGGACGUGUGGCUUCUGGGUGGCUAGGAGAUGCAGUCCCAGGACCUGUGGCACGACUUCUGACACUCUGGACCACCCUGACUGGGGUGACACUGGCCCUGUUCCCCGUGGCUCGCACUCCCACGGCCCUGAUGGCUCUGGCCGUGGCCUAUGGCUUCACAUCAGGGGCCCUGACCCCGGUGGCCUUCUCCGUGUUGCCUGAACUGGUGGGGACUGGAAGGAUAUACUGUGGCCUGGGACUGGUACAGAUGGUUGAGAGCAUCGGGGGUCUGCUGGGGGCUCCUCUGUCAGGCUACCUCCGGGACGUGACAGGCAACUACACUGCAUCUUUCAUGGUGGCUGGGGCCUUCCUUCUUGCAGGGAGCGGCAUCCUCACCACUCUGCCUCACUUCUGCUCCUCGGCCUCCACCUCCAAGCCCCAGGACCUUGUCACAGAGGCAGUGGAUACCAAAGUCUCUCUGCCCAACGAAGCACUGGGACAGGACUGAACUGCAAAUCAGGGCCGUCAGACCCAGAAAGCCGGAGCUGGGCAGCUCCAGAUCGUCUCCUCCUGGCCUAGCCUGGUGCCCACAGAACCACAGUGCCUUAAGCAUCUUGAACGGCCUCCCCCCUAGGGCAGGCCUGGGGGGUCCUGCGAUGCAUGUACCAAGCCCUAGUAUUUUGUCGAGGACUCCUAUCUCUUCUUUGCUCCCACAGCCUUUUCCAAAGGACCCAGGAGCUCAGCCUGCUCCCCUGAGCUGUGAGUCAGCCGUGAAAACCAAAGGCCAAGAGACUUACUGUGUUUGACAUGUGAUCUCUAGUGCUGUCUACCAGCUUCCAUCCCUGCAGGCAGAUGUUUGGGAAAGGGGGAUACCCUUUUGAGAUAAAACUGAAUAAGGAAACUG